GGUGAUGUGUUGAUUGGCUUAAUUGUUUUACGCUUUUAUUCGAUUGUUUCUGCUGAUUGCUACUGAGUCACACACACACACACACACACACACACACACACACACACACACACACACACACACACACACACACACGGAUGCACAACAGGGACAGUUAGGGGGUUUUGGGCAAAUUUUACCCUAAACCCUCGGAGAAAAGAAUGCCCCAAACACUUUCCGACGGGGUUGCUGCCCUUGCUAUAUCCAUAUGCUGUCAGUUUUCUGCCGUCUGCCGCCGAGCUAGCCAUCCCGGUCACGCACACCCACAUGCACAGCCGACUCCUUUCAUCGUGGAACAGCAGGCUGGCAGCACCGUUUACCGUUGCCAUAAACGAAAGUCCGUCGGUUGUAAAAAAAAAAAAACCGUCCAGGCGACGUGUUUUCCAUCCCGCUUCGGCCGGGAAAGCAGCGGCGAAGCAGGCGCUUGCACACCAGCGGGUUUUGUGCGUGAUUGCAGCACAGCUUCGGCCAGUACUUCUGCAUCUUCCAACCGGUGUGGAUGUGGAUCCUCGGCAUCGGCUCCCUGGUUCGCGCCCUGUCGCCGUGUGUGAUCUUUCUCUCUGUGGGAGGUUUUUCUUUUCUACCCACUCCCGUCCGCAAAAAUAUUCAAACCCUUAACGGUGGUGUGUGUGUGUGUGUGUGUGGGUGGUUUGUUUCCCGUGAAUUAAAAGUGGUUUUCCCCUGCACUACACCCUGCACUUCGCGUACCCCAACCAACUCUUCUCGGGCGACAAGAACCCAAUGGUUCCGCCGGAUUUUGGCACUCCGGGCGAUGGCAAGCGCCUCCAGUCCCUGUCCGGUCGCCUCUAGCCCCAUGCUCGUAGACCCACUGGGUCCCAUGUGUCGUUGUUGCGUUGAUGUGAGUGAGUGAGUGAGUGUACGAUUGAGAAACAGAGGCCAAUUCUGCAAUCAAACAUUUCACCGUAUUUGCAUACGGCAAGAGACGGCAAGAGCCCCCCUCCCCUCCUGCACAGCUUUAAGAGCCGACCAUCAGCAACUGCCGACAGCCGCUUCAAUCAGCCCCAUCCUUCUCGGCCCCGCAGCCCGCCCUACUGAGCCGAGCUUCUUCGCUGGGCCGGCGGCGUUUGGCUUCGUUAGUUCGAUUGUUUCCCUUCGGACGGGAUUUUGCCCGAUAAGAGCGCCCGAUUUACAGAAAUCAACUCAACAAAAGGCGUGUGCAGGAUCAAAACAAAAACACAAGCAGAUAUCUCGAGAGCUUGAUUCCCAUUGCCAGUGGCAUGGUUUUGACGGUGAUGCGAUGGGAAUGAUUUAGAAGCGCUGACUCUACUGUGUGUGUGUGCGCGCAUUUCUACAAGCCUUUUUGCCAGUGCGAAGAUAACCGUUUCCUACCCCCCCACUCCCUCUUUCUCUCUCUGUCCGCUUUCCUGGAAAGAGCAACAUGAUAUCGCAAGCGAUCCAGUACGCGGACUACUUCGCCCGCGCCAUGCGCAACGAGUCGGCCGCCCCGGGCGGCGGUGUGUACAGCACGGGGCCCGCCGGCAACGGCACCGGCAGUGGCGGGUUCGGCGCCCUGGCCGGCAGCAACGCGUCCAGUGCUGGGUCGGCAGCCGGGCCGGAACUGUUCGACAUGUACGCCCGCAACUACCCGUACGUGUCGUCGACCGAGGAGCAGAACUACAUCGAGCAGCUGAGCGACAGCCUGCGCAACCAGUCGCAGGCCGGCAACCGGAGCUACGGCGGGGCCGGGGGCGUCGUCGGCGCCGGCGGCUACGACUACGGCGUCGGCUUCGACCCGAUCCCGCUCGCCGAGUGCAGCAACGCGUACUCGGCCGGGCCGUACUUUCAGCUCACCAGCUACUUCCUGUACAUUACCAUCUUCGUGACGGCGGUGAUCGGCAACUCGAUCGUGCUGUUCAUCGUCCAGUCGAACCCGCGCAUGCGCACGGUGACCAACUUCUUCAUCACGAACCUGGCGGUGGGCGACCUGAUGAUGACGCUGUUCUGCGUGCCGUUCACCUUCAUCUCGCUGUUCGUGCUGCAGUACUGGCCGUUCGGGCUGGCCAUGUGCCGGCUGGUCAACUACACCCAGGCGGUGUCGGUGCUGGUGAGCGCCUACACGCUCGUCGCGAUCAGUGGCGACCGGUACAUUGCGAUCAUGUGGCCGCUGCGACCCCGCAUCACCAAGACCUGCUCCAAGUGCUUGAUCGGCAUCGUGUGGAUCAUCGCACUGAUUACGGCCGUCCCGAUUGCCAUCUUCUCGACGCUCUACUUCCCAACCGAUUGGCACGUGCAGUGUAACGUGCCAAUCUGUGCGGAAAAGUGGCCGUCGCCGGAGCAGGACGACUACUACACCAUCGCGCUGCUGACCACCCAGUUCAUCGUGCCGCUCGUCGUGCUGAUCUUCACCUACACGCGCAUCGCGAUCGUGGUGUGGGGCAAGCGGCCGCCCGGCGAGGCGGAAAACUCGCGCGACCAGCGGAUGGCCAAAUCGAAGCGCAAGAUGAUCAAGAUGAUGGUGACCGUGGUAAUCGUGUUCACCAUCUGCUGGCUGCCGUUCAACUUCCUAAUGCUGAUGAAGCUCCCGUCCUCGUGGGACCUGCUGCCGUACUUCUGGUUCGCCUUCCACUGGCUCGCGAUGUCGCACAGCUGCUACAACCCGAUCAUCUACUGCUACAUGAACGCCCGGUUCCGCAGCGGCUUCAUCCUGGUGCUGCACGGUGUGCCCGGGCUGCAGCAGCUCUGCUGCUGCAUCCGCCACACCCCGCCAGCGAUUGCGCGCAACGUCGGCUCCAGCGUGGCCCUCGCCGGAAUCGAUGAAGUAUCGCAUCUGCAUCGAGUUAACACAUGCACCACAUACAUAAGCACCAGAAGGAAACCGACCCACAAUGUGCAGGUCCAGUCGACCGAGACGUCGCUGUUGCGGUGAUACCAGCAGAGCUACGACUAGAGCGGACCGUACACCGGCGGUGCGGCCGGUGGCAAGCGGACCCAGUUCCAGUGUCGGCCAGCAAACGGGGGCGGCGGCGUGCGGGGAUGCGCCAGCGACGGUGCCGGGCGGCGGAAGCGACCGUGUGCGCCGAACGGGUGCGACCACCACCACCAGGAGCGCAUCGAGCUGAUCAUUCUGGAGACGAACGAGGAGACGACGGUGGCAGCUUCGGACGAGAUGCGGACGACGGCACUGCAGCAGCAGGUAUCAGCGGACGGAGGUGGUGGUGGUGAUGAGGCAACCGUUGCACCCAGUAGCAAUGGCGUUGGCGAGUAAGAUUAGGGCGUUGGCGCUAAAUAGGAGGAGAAAGGGGGAGAAAACAACCAUUUUAGCAUUUGCACAACCAUUUUUCCCGCGAAAAAAAAUCAAGAAUAAAAUAAAAAGAAAACCAUUUGGGUCAGGGGUUUGGGGCUAUAUAGCUGUAAGGGGAGAGUAGGGAGCAGAAAUCAAUUUAAAUAUAUUCACCUUCACACGCUGGUGUGCUGCGUUGGCUGCUGCGACGACGACGACGACGACGAAUUUUUGACGCUCCAAAUUCCUGCUCCUCCGAAUCCAAUUCAUCCGUCCGCAUCCAGUCGCAUCCAACCAUUAAUCAUUGGCGCCGUACUACCCAUCUUUCCAAACCACACAGACACUACUAGAUUGGUUGGUGGAAAGCCCUGUCGCCCCGGUUAAAAAGGACAAGCCCCAAUCAAUCUUGGCCCACGACGUGCGAGUGCGUGGGCGUUAUUUCCUUAUCCUUCGGCCGGCACACCGACACCCGAAGCAAGAACGGAAUUCAAAGUAAAAGUACAUAAAAAGCAACUACACCCAUCACACAUCGAUAAAAUGGAAACGGUGGUUGUGGGGGUCGCCCGUAGGUGAAAUGGAUGAAAACGUGUUUUUCGGUGUAGCUGGUUUGUUAGGCCACCCGUAGGAAAAUGUAAUUAAAGCCGGAAUGGCAGCGAGCAAAUACUGAUUGUCACACCGCCAUCCACUCUCACCCAUCGCCCUCUUCUCUCCACGAGCCAUUUUGUGUUGCUGUUUCGGGUUUCAAACAGCGCUACAGCGCUCCGGCGGCAAAGCGUUUGCUCCGCAGGCGAGCGAACGAUAAAUCCUGUUACUAAGAUAGUGUAGGCAUAAGUAGUGAGAAACAAAAACAAAACAAAAAAAAACCGUGUCCCCAAUACAUGAGCGAUUCGAUCUAUCCUGCAGCUGCUACACCCCAACCCCGUAGCCCCAGUCCCGAACCCAUAUGAGCGAUAGAGCACGCAUUCUAGUUGGAAUUCAAAUUGGAAUGCCGCACAAAGUGCGCUCAUCCGAAAAUUUGGGCACGGGGGAAAACAGAUACCUAUAUACCAUCUAUAUAUACAUAUAUAUACUAUUCAUAUUGGCGGUGUAAGUGUGUUAAAAAAAACCCCAACCAACAGCAACAGUAAGAACCCGGAGGAAUGUAAUAUUAUAUGGAACUAAUAAAAUUAUUUUAUAUGUCUCUCUAUCGAAUAAUUUGCUCUACUUGGCGAGGCAACAUGUGUUUUAGUUCAUGAGUAAUAAAUAAUGCGAGUGAUCGCCUGUCUAAGUAUAAAACAAUAAUAAGUUAAUCUGCCGCCCAAACGCUACGCAAAGCGUUCGUGAAAAUGGUCGGCGCAGUUUUGCAGGUUUGUGAGGCGCUUCGAGAAAAUUUGCAAAUUUUUCUACUCUAACUCUAAGGUCUAGUAUUGUAACAA